AUGGCUCCUCCUACCGCCACUGAGACCGAGACUGUUGCGAAUGUGACUAAGUUGCAAGCGCCGCAGUCGCCGCAGGCUGCCGACGCGGAAAAGGCCAAGAUAAAGAUGCAGAUGCCCUCCAUGCCAGUCUUUGAAGAUAAGAUGCAGGAGCGAGAGUAUUUAAAAGGUCGACUGGCGGCUGCAUUUCGGAUUUUCGGCAAGUAUGGCUACGACGAGGGUGUCGCCGGGCACAUUACCGUCAGAGACCCAAUCGAUCCCACCUGUUUCUGGGUAAAUCCGUUCGGGACGGCCUUCUCGCUGAUCAAGGCCUCGGACCUGAUUUUGGUUGAUCAUACCGGCGAGGUCAUCGACGGAGGCGCAAACCGCUUGCUGAAUGCGGCAGCCUUCAUGAUUCAUUCGGCCAUCCACACUGCUCGGCCUGAGGUUAUGUGCGCCGCCCACAGCCACUCGCUCCAUGGACGGGCAUUUUGCUCGCUUGGCCGACCUCUAGAUAUCAUCUCGCAGGAUUCCUGCGCAUUCCAUAAUGACCACGUUGUCUACCGUCAGUUCAACGGCAUCGUGCUGGCCGAGGAAGAAGGGAAGAACAUCGCCCAGUCGCUGGGAAACAAGAAAGCUGCUUUGUUGCAGAAUCACGGCUUGUUGACCGUAGGCCGCUCUAUCGAGGAAACGGUGUUUUGGUUCGUCAGUCUGGAGAAAUGUUGUCACGCCCAACUGCUGGCCGAUGCGGCGGCGGCGGGUCGGGGUGGCCAGACGAUCAAGAUUGAUGAUGCCGAUGCUGCGUUCACCUAUAAGACGGUUGGUACUCCCAAGGCGGGCUGGUUUAGUGCUAAGCCGCUGUUUGAUGUAAUCCACCGCGAGACCAACGGGGAGUACCUGCAGUAA